AUGAAGACGAAGCCCCAAGCCCAAGCCCUGGUGAUAUCCUUAUCAAAGAAUGGAGCUCCAGAACACAGUGAAAGAAGCCCUAAAUCGAUUUCGAUUACCAGCAAGUUCUUCUCCAAUUUCUUCUCUGCAGCACUACAUGAGGACAGAGAAGUUUCGAAAAUGGCCGAUCAAAUAGCGAGAGGAGAGGAAUUGGAGAGGAAAGCAGAGAAGAAAAGCAGUCAAUGCCUCUCGCCCCUUCGCGAUUCCAAUGCUGAGCGAACAGAUCAUUGGAGCCAAAAUAAUUAA